UUUAUUUUUACAAAUAAACAAUUCGCCCAAAAAAAUCCUGGACGGAUUGUUCCAUGGUUUGGUCUUCGAGGUCCCAAGCGGCACCCAUCUCACGGUGUCACCCAGUAGCCGCUGACGGCUCUUGUAUCGACGGAUCGGGUAGCCAGCAGAGCCCACUCUAACAUUUUGUUUUUCCCUUUUUCAUUUUUUUGCGGGAAAAGAAACGAGUACAAUCUCAGGGCUCACCAUACUCAAUGAGCGGACAGCGCAAUGUCAGAGCGCUCUGGGCAAACUGCAAAGGGGAAGGAUGGCAAAACCAAGUAUGCGUCUCUCAACCUAUUUGAUACAUACAAAGGAAAAAGCCUUGAAGCACAAAAGCCUGUUGUUCCCCCCCGCCAUGGCCUGCAGUCUCUUGGUAAAGUUGCCUCCGCGCGGCGCAUGCCCCCCCCCGCCAACUUGCCCAGUCUGAAGGCCGAGAACAAAGGCAACGAUCCCAACGUCUCCCUCGUUCCCAGAGACGGCACAGGAUGGGCAAGCAAGCAGGACCCAGCAGACCCAAAGAGUACCGAUGUAUUGUCAGCACAGCCGCCGGAGUUGCCGCCGCCUGGGGUUUCACCGACGCCUGCAGCCUCACAGACACCGGUCCAGACCCUGCCCAGCACCCCUCCGCCCCCAGAGGUCCCGGCUCCCACCACGGGCCUGGCCGCAGGGGCAAGGUCCUGGGCACAGGCCAGUGUUACACAUGGAGCUCAAGGAGAUGGUGGAAAGGGAUCAAGCCAACCGUCGCCAUUCUCUCGCGAGGAAUUUCCCACCCUGCAGGCGGCUGGCGACCAGGACAAGGCUGGCAGAGACGGGGCCACUGCCGAUCAGUGGUCUGGGCCCGGACCAAGCCUCCGCCCACAGAACGUUACCAACUGGCGGGAAGGUGGCGGCCGAGGCCCGUCGCCCGGACCGCCUGGCGAAGGGGGGGCAGAGGGUGGCGGGGCCCUAGCCAUGGAGGGGGGACCCCAGGGCCCCCCUCAGAACCACCAGGGCCCGGGAGGCCCUAGAAACGCGCCGGCAGGCAGCGCGGCUCUGCCCCUACCCCAGCCCCCGGUUGGCCCCGGGUUCCCCGCCUACAGAGGGAUCAUGCCCCCCUUCAUGUACUCUCCCUACAUGCCCUUCCCGGCCCAAUACGGCCCCCAAGGGCCCUACAGGUUCCAAGGGCCAGGUGACGGGCCUCCUCCCAGGUUCGCCCGGGCUCCGGACGGCAGGGCCCACUGUGGGCCCCGUGGCGGCGGAGGCGGCGAGGGGCCGAAGCGACCCUCCAUCCUGAAGCAGGACGACCUGAAGGAGCUGGACGAGCUGGACCACGACGGAGACGAGGGCUGGGCAGGGGCACACGAGGAGAUCGACUACUCGGCCAAGUUGAAGUUCAGCGACGACGAAGGCGAGGAGGAGGGCUACGAAGAGCGCAGCGAGAGCAAGAACGGCCCACGGGACCCCCAGAGGCCCCAGGACGGCGCUCCCCAGGCCUCCCGCUCCCGGGCCUCCGACAGCGGGGGGGAGCCGCGCCGCGGACCCCCCUCGAGCGCAGACGACGGCCCGCAGCCCCCGCCCUCCAGCAAGCCAGCCCGGGCCGAGGAGGGCGGAGCCGGAUGGGGCGGGCAAGGCCCUCCGGCCAAUCACCAGGGGCGCAGGUCAGGACUGGGUGGCCCCCGGGAGCAGCCCUCCCCCCCACCUGGCCCCGCGCUGGGACAGGGGCCCUACUCCUACUACCGACAGGACCGCCCCCAGAACCAGUCGGCUCCGCCCCCAGCGGGCGCCAUGAAGCCCGGCGGAGGCCCGGCCCAGCAGCAGCAGCAGUCGGCGGCCCCGGCCGGCGGCCCCUCGGGGGCCUCCCCCGCCCCGCCCAGCCUCCUUGGCCCCGGGCCCCAGGGCGAGGACGAGGACGAGACCUGGCGCCAGCGCCGCAAGCAGUCGUCCACCGAGAUCUCGGCCGCCGUGGAGCGCGCCCGGCGCCGCCGCGAGGAGGAGGAGCGCCGCAUGGAGGAGGAGCGCCGCGCCGCCUGCGCCGAGAAGCUGAAGAGGCUGGACGAGAAGCAGCAGCAGCUGGGGGGGGCGGCGCCAGCAGGAGCAGGGGGAGGAGGAGGUGGAGGUGGUGGUGGAUCCAGCGGAGGGGAAGGAGGCGGCGGCAGCAAGACCCCCAGCCUGGACGGGAACUCGACGGUCGCCACCGCUGGAAGCCCCACUCCCUCCCUGUCCGCCUCGGCGUCCUCGCCCAACGUCAGCCAGCCCGGCUCGCCCUGCGUGCCCCACGACGAGCCCCCCCUGCUGUCAGUGCCGGCCGUGGUUGUGCCCGGGGCCCCCGACAGGCAGAGGGCCAACAGCAGCAGCAGCUACGAAUCAAACAGUGACGCCCAGCAGCCGUGCCCCCCGCCGCUCGUCCUCCAGCCCCCCCUGUCCCCUCUGGAAGCUCCUCCUCCGGGGGAGGCUGCGGAGGAGGAGGUGCUGGCUCCUGCCCACGUCCGCAUGGUGGCAGGAGGAGGUGGAGGAGCAGGAGCUGAUCCGGUGAAGGUGGAGAGCAUGGUGGUGGCAGCAGCAGCAGCAGCAGCAGGAGGUGGAGGAGGAGGAGGUGGAGCGAACCGUCCAGCCAGCGGACCCCCGUCUGGCCAGGGCUACUCCAAGUACCAGAAGUCCCUCCCACCGCGCUUCCAGAGACAGCAGCAGGAGCAGCUUCUCAAGCAGCAGCAGCAGUGGCAGCAGCAGCAACAGCAGCAGCAGCAACAGCAGCAGCAGCAGCAUCAGCAGCAGCAGCAUCAACAGCAGCAGCAGCAGCACCAACAACAGCAGCACAGCCAGGUGUCCCAGAGCCAGCUGCCCCCCCAGCAGCAGGCCCAGCAGCAGGGCCCCUCCCCGGGCCCCACGCCCCAGCCGGCCCCGGGGGCCAAGCAGGGCGGCCAGCUCUACCCGGCCGGCGCAAUGGCCCGGCCCCAGCCCCUGCCCAUGAACUACGACCCCCGCUGGAUGAUGAUGCCCUACAUGGACCCGCGCAUGAUGCAAGGCCGCCCCCCCGCCAUGGAGUACUACCCCGCCGGCAUCCACCCCUCCGGCCUGAUGGGGCGUGAGCGCUCAGACUCGGGAGGUUCUGGAUCGGAGUCCUUCGACCGCCAGCAGCAGCAGCAGCAGCAGCAACAACAGCAGCAACAACAGCAGCAGCAGCAGCAGCACCAAGGCCACCCCCAUCGUGGGACCCCCCCCAUGGACCCGAAGAUGGCCUGGGUGGCGGAGUCGUUCUCGGGGGCGGGGGGUGAGGGUCGAGGGCUCACCUCCCCGCUGAGGCAGAAGCAGAUCCUGGAGGAAGAGGAGGUGGUGAAGAGGCCCAGGAGUGACACCCCGCCUCACCGCCCCAGGGAUGGUGCUCUGGGCCCCAUCCAGCAGCCCAGCGCAGGCUCGGGCCCCUCCAGCCAGACGUCCCCACCCCCUCAGGGCCCCGGCCACCACCCCCACCACCACCACCACCAACAGCAGCAGCAGCACCACCAACAGCAGCAGCAGCAGCAGCAUCACUAUAUGGGCGGCAGGGGGAACUACAGUAACUUCCCCGAGCAGGGCUCCAGGAUGCAGCAGCAGCAGCAGCUCCAGCGGGGCCCCGAGAGAGGGGCCCUCCAGCACGGCUUCACCCACCAAGAGGAGGCCCCGCCACGGGGCCCCCAGCAGGGCCAGGUCUGGGCCAACCCCCACCCCCACUACGACCGCAACGGCAGGGCGGACCUGUCGCCCAUCGAGGGCGGCUCGCACCACCACCACGGCCACCAGUCCCACCAGCCCCAGCAGCCCGGCUUCCCCCACAAGCCAGAGAACGGCCGCGAGAGAGGCGGGGAGGCGGCGGCGGCGGCCAAGAAGGCGGAGCCAAACUCUGCCUCGCUGCUCAACCAGCCCUCCGUCUCCUCCUCCUCUUCCUCGUCGUCUUCGUCCGCUAGGGAGGAGGGCGGCGGCAAGGCUCUGCAACACCUCCCCGCCCAGAGGGAGGCCGAGGGGGCCGGGGAGAGGGGAGGAGCCGCGGAGAGAGGAGCGGGCGGCGGCCUGGGCAAGCAGCAGGAGAAAGGAGGCCCCGGCUACGCGGCCCACUCCUCCCAGUCGGGCGCCCACGGCCCCGCCCACGCCCAGCAGAAGGGCGGCCCGAGGGGCGGUCGGGAGCACAAGAUGGAGACCCAGUGGGGCCCGCGGCCCGGCAGCAGCAACGCCACUCCCCUAGGCCCCGCCCACAACAGGAGGCCGGGGGGCGUGAACAGCGCCCGCGGCGCCCUCGCCGACGACACCGCCAACGCCGCCGACCACAAGGCGUCCAAUCAGGGCGCGGGGGGCGGAGCCAACAAGCGGGCGGGCCCCAUCAAGAAGCCCGUGCUGAAGGAGACGACGACGACGAUGACGAAGAGGGAGGGAGGAGAGGGAGAAGGGGCGGAGAAGACCGCCUCCGGGAAGGACAAGGAGCAAGAUGGCGGCCAGUCAGCGGCGGCCAAACAGGAGGGGCCACAGAGCGUGUCCUCGGGACCCGGGAAGGAGGAGACCGGGCCGCCGGCCAAGCCCCGCAACGGAGGGAAGGAGCGCGCUGAGCGAGGAGGAGCAGGAGGCGCGGGCAGAGCCACCAAAGACCCCGACGCACCUCCCGCCGGGUUCCCGGGCUCCUCCUCUCGACGGGAGAGGGAGCGCUCCUUCGAGGCGGCGGGGGGAGGAGGCCCCGGGGCCCCCUACCCCGCCGGCAUGCCCUCCAGGAGCAGCCGGGCCAGCCGGGGCCGCGGCGGCGAGUUCUACGCCCGCGGCCGCGGCUACCGCGGCAGCUACACGGCGGCGGCGGGGCCGGCGGCCGCCAGCGGGGCGGGGCGCGGCCGCGUGGCCAGCCGGAGCGGCCGGGACUACCGGGCCCCCGCCGGCGCCGGCUCCGCCUCCUCCGCCUACCACCACCAGCAGGAGGCGAAGGGCGAGGGCGGCCGGCACCACGGCGCCGAGCGCUCCCAGCACAACCCGGGGCGCGCCCGCAACCGCAGCGAGACGCGCAGCGAGGGCUCCGAGUACGAGGAGAUCCCCAAGAGGAGGAGGCAGCGCGGGUCGGAGACGGGCAGUGACAGCCCCGCCAGCGACCCGGGUCAGUCGGACAAGGAGGACGCCCGCAAGGCCGGCGGCCCCGCCAAGAACGGCGCCGACGCCCCCAGCGCCGCCGCCGCCCACCCCGCCGGCUCGUCGGGCCCCCCCAGGGGCCCCCAGGCCCGGGUGUUCACCCCCCGCGGCGUGCCCUCCAGGAGGGGCCGGGGUGGUGGCGGUGGCACAGGGGGGGGCGUGUACCGGAGCGGAGGAGGUGUAGCGGGAGGCGGCGGACCCCCCGGGGGUCACCGAGCGCCGCCCGGCUCCGCCCCUCAUGGCUGGUCCUCCAAGGCCGCCGCCCCCGCCCGCAAGCAGCAGCAGCAGGCCCCGCCUCCGGCGCCCGGCCCCAAGGACCCCAGCCGCACAGGGGUCCCCGGGGACAAGAAGGAGAAGGUGUCUGAGGGAGGCCACGCCCCCACUCAGGUAGCCCCCCCAGCGGCGGCGGCGGGCCCCCUCGUCGGGUCCACCGCCCCGCCCGUCCCGACGGAGAACGGAGGCCCCCUGCCGCCGCAGACGGCGUCCGCCGGGGCGCCCCCCGCCGGGCGGGGCUUCAACUCGCCCGUGCCCGCCGACGGGGGCUUCGAGCGGCCCCGCCGCCGGCGCCACGGCCGGUCCCAGCACCAGCAGGACAAGCCGCCGCGGUUCCGCCGGCUGAAGGAGCGGGAGAACGCGGCCCGCAUCAACGGGGGCGGGCCGGGCCCCGUGGGGCCGGCCGGCGGCGGCGCCCAGGACGGGUUCAACACCCAGAACAACAACAACAACAACGCCAGCAACAACGCGGCGAUCAUCACCAACAACAACGGGCAGCCGGCCGGGAGCCACGCCCCCCCGGCGCCGCCGCCGCCGCCGCACCACCACCACUACAGCCAGGGCAAGGCGGGCCCCCAGAUCCACGCCCACGGCGCCAAGUCCCCCGACUUCUCCAACCAGAACUCUGACCAGGCCAACGAGGAGUGGGAGACGGCCUCGGAGAGCAGCGACUUCACCGAGUUCAGGGAGCGGGAUGGAGGAGGAGGAGGAGGAGGAGGAGGAGGAAGGGAAGGAGGGAAGGCCUACCCCCCUGCUCACCACCACCACCACCACCCGUCCAGGGGAGGGGGAGGGGGAGGAGGCGGGGGAGGAGGUCCGGUGGAGCGCGACCUGGCCGGGAAGGAGUCCGCGGCCAACAAGAGGAGCUUCUCCAGCCAGCGGCCCGGCAUGGAGCGUCAGAACCGGAGGGUCGGAGCUCCCGGAGGAGGAGGAGGCGGAGGAGGCGGAGGUAGAGGUCCACGCGGCCCACAAGGAGGAGGAGGAGGUGGUGGUGGUGGCGGCGGAGGGGGGAUGGGCAACGGAGGAGGAGGAGGAGGAGGAGGUGGUGGCAACCGUGGGGAGAGGCGCGGUAACUGGCCCUCCCCCAAGAAUAGGAAGUGA